CAGAAGUCCACGCGAGAUUCCCCUUAAGGCCUAAGGGAGUCGUCCUCGCCUGCUGAAACUGAAAGAUCCCGAAGGGUGAUGCGCGCGGCCUGUUGCUAAGCUAGUGGAACUUGGGUCAACCGCUAAGGUACCUGUUUAUGGCCACAAUCCCACCAUGCCUCACAUAGAUAAUGACGUGAAGCUCGACUUCAAGGAUGUCCUGCUGAGGCCCAAGCGAAGCACCCUUAAGUCCCGCAGUGAGGUGGAUCUCACAAGGUCCUUUGUAUUCCGGAAUUCAAAGCAGAUGUACACAGGAAUCCCCAUCAUUGCUGCCAACAUGGAUACUGUUGGCACCUUUGAGAUGGCCAAGGUGCUUUGUAAGUUCUCUCUGUUCACGGCCAUCCACAAACACUACAGCCUUGAGCAGUGGAAGGAAUUUGCUAGUCAGAAUCCGGACUGUCUAGAGCAUCUGGCUGCCAGCUCAGGAACAGGCCCUUCAGACUUUGAGCAACUACAACAAAUCCUUGAAGCAAUUCCCCAAGUGAAAUACAUCUGCCUGGAUGUAGCCAAUGGCUAUUCAGAGCAUUUUGUGGAAUUCCUGAAGGAUGUUAGAAAACGCUUCCCCCAGCACACUAUCAUGGCUGGGAAUGUGGUGACUGGGGAGAUGGUGGAGGAGCUGAUCUUGUCUGGGGCUGACAUUAUCAAAGUAGGAAUUGGACCAGGCUCUGUGUGUACUACACGAAAGAAGACAGGGGUGGGCUACCCACAGCUCAGUGCUGUGAUGGAAUGUGCUGAUGCUGCCCAUGGCCUCAAAGGCCACAUCAUUUCUGAUGGAGGCUGCAGUUGUCCUGGAGAUGUGGCUAAGGCUUUUGGAGCAGGUGCUGACUUUGUGAUGUUGGGUGGCAUGCUGGCUGGUCACACUGAGUCAGGUGGUGAACUAAUCAGGAGGAAUGGCAAGGAAUACAAACUUUUUUAUGGAAUGAGCUCUGAGGUAGCCAUGAAGAAAUAUGCUGGAGGUGUUGCUGAGUACAGGGCUUCAGAAGGAAGAACAGUAGAGGUACCCUUCAAAGGUGAGGUAGAACAUACCAUCCGGGACAUCCUUGGAGGGAUUCGUUCCACAUGCACUUACGUUGGGGCAGCCAAGCUAAAGGAGCUCAGCCGACGCACUACUUUCAUCCGGGUCACCCAGCAGGUGAAUCCCAUCUUCGGUGAUGAGAGCUAGGGGCCUGAGCAACAAUGCCUGGCAAUGGCACCAGCAUUCAAAUUGGGUGGUGUGGAGAACCCUAGUGCAUUUCAACAACCAUGGAUUAUCUGGAUCAGUGAUUUGGUUUUUUUUUUUUUGGUCCGCUGAGGACAUUAUAAAGCCUUCAUGCUUCACUAUUCACACACAAAUGCUCAAGCCAAUGGGCCUGAGGAGGCGGGGAAAGGGAAGAGGGUUAUCAAAUAAAUAUCAAGUCUGGAGUCAGGUUAUAAACACACUAUGCUGAGAUUUCCUGUAUGCAAAGCAAGGUCAGGAGAGAACUCAAAGCUUGGGCUAACUCACUCACAUAAUAGCACUUUGCUUAGAAGUAUCUACCUGAAAAAACUCAUUGAUUUGAAUCUCAUUGUUUAUUUACCAUAUUGCAUUAAAGUCUGGCCCUUGAUGAAAAGGCCCAAGAAGCAGUA